AUGCUUUCAAGCGCCAACGCCUGUGUGACAAACAGCCUGGUGCAGGAGGAGUGAACCAAGCUGAUCGGAUGAUCGAGGAAAGGGGGAGGGAACAGUAAGGGCUACACACUGGCACACAGGAAACAGAUAGCAACGAAAGAGUAGGCACCGGUUACACAAGAGAAAGGUGCUGUUUACAAAACUAGGUUAAACAUUAUUCACUUAAAACAACAAUUUAAACGUACAGAGUAAAAUGGGGAGAAGUUCAUGGAGGAAUCAUGUGAAGUGGAUCUGCCUUGUAAUAAUUUCUGUGCAAGCAUCGUACCAUUGGGUCCAGGCUCAGCAUUGCGUGUGGUAUGGAGAGUGCCAGACAGUACCAAAUACAGAAGAGAAGAAGUUUAACUGCAACUACACAGGGCCACCUCAGUCGUUGCCACAGGAGGGAUAUGAACUGGUGCAAGAACUGUGCCCAGAUUUUUUGAAUGGCACGAACAAUGUUAGUCUCUGUUGUGAUGUUCAACAACUUAAGACCCUCAAAGGAAAUCUCCAGCUCCCUCUCCAGUUUCUCUCCAGGUGUCCGUCUUGCUUCUAUAACUUAAUGAACCUGUUCUGCGAGUUAACAUGCAGUCCUCGUCAGAGUGAUUUUGUUAAUGCCACACAGUUCGAGCCCUACGUGGAUCCAGUCACAAAAGAAAAUAAAACCAGUGUCACUGCAGUACAGUAUUACAUUGGAAGUACAUUUGCAAAUGCUAUGUAUAAUGCCUGCAAGGAUGUCGAGGCUCCUUCUAGUAAUGACAAAGCAUUGGGGCUGUUGUGUGGGAAAGAUGCCAAAGACUGCAAUGCCACUAACUGGAUUCAGUACCUGUUCAGCGUAAAAAAUUCACAGACGCCAUUUCCAAUCGACCCCAUCUUUUCAGAUCUCCCAGUUGAAGGAAUGAGUCCUAUGAACGAUGCUACAAAAGGCUGCAAUGAAUCGGUGGACGGCAAUUCCGGGCCCUGCAGCUGCCAAGACUGUUCUCUUGUUUGCGGACCCAAGCCUCAACCGCCCCCUCCCCCAACACCAUGGACAAUAUUUGGUUUGGAUGCCAUGGUGGUGAUCAUGUGGAUCUCCUACAUGGUGUUUCUCCUGAUCUUCAUCGCCGGAGUCCUGGGAGCUUGGUGUUACAGAAAAACAUUAAUCCUGUCGGAGUACGGACCAAUUCUCGACAACAAUUCUCUUCAUUCAAUCAACAGAGACAGUGAGCAUCAAGAUCAGACCUCCUGCUGUGAAACCAUCGGUGAGAGAUUUGAGAACUUCUUACGGCGCAUCUUUACCAACUGGGGGUCCUUCUGCGUCCAGCACCCGUUGCCUGUCGUGCUGUGUACUCUGGUCUUCAUUGCCAUCUGUUCUUCCGGCCUGGUUUAUAUGAAGAUAACCACCAACCCUGUGGACAUCUGGUCAUCCCCCAACAGCCAAGCACGCAAAGAAAAAGACUACUUCGACUCACACUUUGGGCCCUUCUUCCGCACAGAGCAGCUCAUUAUUACUGCCCCACAAAGCAAAGUUACAAUAUACUCUCCCUACUUUGGAGGAUCAGAUGUACCAUUUGGCCCUCCUCUGGACAAAAGUAUCCUGCACCAGGUGCUGGACCUUCAGAAUGACAUUGAGAAGAUAGAAGCCACAUAUGAGAAUGAGACUGUUAUGCUAAAUGAUAUCUGCCUGGCACCUCUUGCCCCCUAUAACAAUAACUGCACUAUUAUGAGUGUCCUGAACUACUUCCAGAACAGCCACUCUGUUUUGGAUCACACCGUUGGGGGUGACUUUUGGGUCUUUGCAGAUUACCACACCCACUUCCUCUACUGUGUCAAGGCUCCAGCUUCCCUAAAUGAUACUAGUAUGCUCCAUGACCCUUGCUUGGGUACCUAUGGUGGGCCAGUCUUCCCUUGGGUGGUUCUAGGAGGCUAUGAUAGUGACAAUUACAACAAUGCCACAGCUCUGGUGAUUACCUUCCCUGUGAACAACUACCACAAUGACACAGAGAAACUGAACAAAGCCCUGGCCUGGGAGAAAGAGUUUGUGAAAUUUAUGAAGAAUUACAGUAAUCCCAACCUGACAAUUUCUUUCAAUUCUGAGAGGAGUAUUGAAGAUGAAAUAAACCGCGAAAGCAGCAGUGAUAUCAGUACCAUUGUCAUCAGCUAUGCCAUUAUGUUUGCCUACAUAUCCAUUGCCUUGGGACACAUCAAGAGCUGUCGCAGACUACUGGUGGACUCUAAAAUCUCCCUGGGGAUUGCUGGUAUCCUAAUUGUGCUUAGUUCCGUAGCUUGUUCCCUCGGUAUCUUCAGCUACGUAGGAAUUCCCCUCACGCUCAUUGUCAUUGAAGUUAUCCCAUUCUUAGUGCUGGCUGUUGGUGUAGACAAUAUAUUCAUUAUUGUCCAGACCUAUCAGCGAGAUGAGCGGUUGGCUCAGGAGGAGCUCCACCAGCAGAUUGGUAGAAUCCUUGGCGAUGUGGCGCCCAGCAUGUUAUUGUCGUCUUUCUCCGAGACUGUUGCCUUCUUCCUGGGUGCGUUAUCCACCAUGCCUGCCGUGCGCACCUUUUCCCUGUUUGCGGGGCUGGCCGUGUUUAUUGACUUCCUGCUCCAAAUCACAUGCUUUGUGAGCCUGCUGGGACUGGACAUCAAGCGGCAGGAGAGCAAUCGCUUGGAUAUUCUGUGCUGCCUGAAACAGAAGGAGGGCACUGAAGAAAAAUCAGAUGGAUUUCUUUUUUGGUUUUUCAAAACCCUUUAUGCCCCAUUCAUACUGAAAGAGUGGGUGCGGCCUAUUGUGGUUGCUUUGUUUGUUGGAAUUUUGUCCUUCAGUAUUGCUGUGGUCAACAAAGUGGAGAUUGGCUUGGACCAAAAACUCUCAAUGCCUGAUGAUUCCUAUGUGCUGGAUUACUUUGUGUCCUUGAGCACAUACCUCCACUCUGGCCCGCCUGUGUACUUUGUAGUAGAGGAAGGCCACAACUACACUUCACUGGAGGGACAGAAUAUGGUGUGUGGGGGAGUUGGCUGCAACAAUAACUCUCUGGUACAGCAGAUCUUCACGGCUGCAGAAAUAGACAACUACACAAGAAUUGGCUUUUCCCCCUCCUCCUGGAUUGAUGAUUACUUUGACUGGGUUAAACCUCAGUCAACCUGCUGCAGAUAUUACAACACUACAAUGCAGUUUUGCAAUGCUUCAGUGGUAAACUCGUCCUGUGUCCGUUGCCGCUCUUUGACCGAUGAGGGGAAAAAGAGACCGCAAGGCGAAGACUUCAUGGAGUUUUUGCCAAUGUUCCUGUCUGAUAAUCCCAACCCCAAAUGUGGGAAAGGGGGCCAUGCAGCAUACAGUUCUGCAAUUGACCUGAUAAACAAUAAAACAGAUGUAGGAGCCAGCUACUUCAUGACCUACCACACCGUACUGAAAACCUCCCCAGACUUCAUAGACGCAAUGAAAAAGGCACGCAGUUUAGCAGAUAACAUAACUGAAUCUAUGGGGCUCGCUGGCAAAGACUAUCGGGUCUUUCCUUACAGCGUGUUCUACGUGUUCUAUGAACAGUACCUGACCAUUGUGAAUGACACUGUGUUCAACCUCUGCGUGUCGCUGGCUGCCAUCUUCAUAGUGACCGCUGUCCUGCUGGGUUUUGAGGUCUGGUCAGCUGUCAUGGUAACCCUGACUAUCGCCAUGAUCAUUGUGAACAUGUUUGGGGUGAUGUGGCUCUGGAGCAUCAGCCUGAACGCCAUCUCGCUCGUCAACCUAGUCAUGAGCUGUGGAAUCUCGGUGGAGUUCUGCAGUCACAUAGUUCGAGCCUUUUCUGUCAGUACAAAGAAAACCCGAGUGGAGCGUGCCGAGGAAGCACUGGCUUAUAUGGGCAGCUCGGUAUUCAGUGGUAUUACUUUGACCAAGUUUGGUGGCAUCAUUAUCCUGGCUCUUUCCAAGUCACAAAUCUUCCAGAUUUUUUACUUCAGAAUGUACCUGGCCAUUGUACUACUGGGAGCUACCCACGGCCUGAUAUUUCUUCCUGUGCUUCUCAGUUAUAUAGGUCCAUCAAUAAAUAAAGCGAAGUUCCUGGCUGCAAACAAUUACAGAGGCACAGAAAGAGAGCGGCUCUUGAACAUUUAACCAUGGCAGUGACAGUCAUUUUUUUAAGAUGCUACAUUUGACUUUUAAUUUGAACUGUGGAGCAGGUUCGAGAUCCAUGAACCGCUGACUGAUGCAGAGUUUCUAUGAUAACUUCACAGUAAUACAGCAUUAAAAACAGACGCCAGGAUACUUGGAUUUACAAUUGAUAAAACUCAGGAAAUGCAGAAGCUCAUCGUUUCACAGUUAAGAAGCAGAGGCAUUACACGAGAUCAAGUACCUAACAGAUCUGGUGACUGAUCAUUUUGUAUUGAUUCUAGAAUCUUGUCCAGUUCUUUUUAAGUUUAAAUUUAAACUUUUUUUUGGCUACUCACAGCCAUUUGGGGUUUUAUACAGCCAUUGAACAGGGAGGGUUUUAUAAGCUGAAGCUGAAAGUGUGGGUGUGUGAGAGAUCGGCAUCAAAUGCACUAAUGUCUUCAAAAAUGCAAAAUCAAUGCAAUUUCUUUUACUGCUGUAUCCUUAAUAUAUAUAUUUUUUAGGGAAAUACCAAAAUGUCAACAAGUUAUACCUGGAGAGACCAGUGUACAGGUAUUUUUUUUUUUUUACUCCUUUUCCAAAACACAGAAAGAGUGUAUGUGUAUAUAUACAUAUAAUUUUAUUAAGCAGGAAAACAUUUUUAUAUAUAAUAAAAUCAGAUACUAAUACAGUUUAUUAGCUUUGAUCAGAUACAAUAAAUUAAGUGUGCAACUUAACUUUAAGCACAGAGAGCUGCCAGAUAUGUUGGUUCAUGAUGCUGUGGGCUUCAUUAGUGCUUGCUCACCGAAAACUUGCUUGAAGUAAGCAACGUGUUCCUCGCAGUGCUCACCUAUAGGAAAUAAAGUUAGUUACUUCUGAUCUGCUCUGUUCUCCAUAGAAUCAUUUGCACCCUGUAUUGGCACUGGUGUAGUCGAGUCGGAACGCGCCGGAACACCGUUCCGGUACUUUUUUCUCUAUAGGCAGAACCUUGACUUAACUUAAGAAUCUUUGCCGAUUUUGUUGUGAAAAUGCUUAUAUGGUGCCUGACCGCUCUAAUUUCGGUGCCUGGGCACCAAUGAAGUGAUCUGUUUUCAGUAGGGAAAUCAAAUGUAGUCUUUUCAUUGAAAAGGCACUAGGGGGAAAAAAAAAAGCGUCAGAUUCCCUACAUACAAGUUUUGAUGGUAGAUGCCGAAUCGAACUCUGAUAACUGGCACGUAAAUGUUUGCAGAGUCAAGAGUCACACACAUCUCCUGCAAAAUUGCCUGAUUCAGUCAGUCAUCCUUGUGAUGCAAUAAAGAGAACAUUUGGGACUUCUAUUACAAACUACAGUAUUACUUUAAGAAGGCUAACCAUUUUUUGUUGCACAGCAAAAGUGCAUCCUACGACUAUGGCCAUAAACUUGGGUUUAAAGCUGCUUUGUAUAUUAAAAUAAAAAACACAGGUAAGUAAUGUUAUGAACUAUUUAUUUAUUUAUCUACUUGUUUUUUUCUCACAACUUACAGUACCAGAACUGCUGUAUUUUUUAUUUUUUUUAUCUCAUGAGAUCAAAUGUGGUAGGUUCAGGAAAAAAAAAUAUUCAGAAUUUAGUGUAAAAUUAAAUUGUCCAGAACUGUUGGCAAUUCUGAUUUGUACUGAUACAGUUCUUAAAUUGGUGACGAAUAAAAAAUAACUGAGCUUUUGUGGGAUUUGUAAUAUUAUUGAAUACAGAGCUCCAGAAAAAGGACAUGGGGAGGGUGUGAUAUACUAAUACUAUACACGGCAUCAGGUUGAUUUGAAGUUCAGCGCUGGUGAUGACCUCAUAAAUUGAAAAAAAAACAUGCAUGAUAGCCAAAAAAUAACCAAACCACCAAAGACGACAUUUACACGCUAAUUUAAUUUAAGGUUACACCACUGGCCAACAUAUACUCGGCCAAAACAGUUUUAAAAAUCAUUGUACAUUUUUUUUUUUUAAACUGUUUGGAUUGUUUUACAUUUAGUAUAAAAUCAAUACUGUUGGUAUAUUAGAUUAUGGUGCAACAUUAAUGUAGUAUUUUGUUCAUUUAAAGCUGUCCAUAACACAUUUUGUCAGUUUUAUUGCUUUAUCUCUUGUUAUACAUUUCUCGAUUUUUAUGCAAUUUUACAGGGUUUUUUUAAGUUGUGAAGUUAUAUAGGUGAAACUUGGGCAGUACAAAUUGAGUUUUUGAAAAUAUCGUAUGGAAAAUUAAUAUUUGUUGUUGCGUCUUCCAUUCUUAAGAUUUUUUUAAUAAAAUAACUAUACUAUUAUAA